AUGUCAUUUACAAAUUUUAACAAUGAAACAAAAAAUGAAAUAAUAGAAAAUGGGGAUAUUGGAAAGAAUAACGAAGAAAUUAGAGUUGAGAAUCAACAAGUUGAAGAGGAUAGACGUGCAAAUUUAAAAUUUCAAAAACAAACAAAAACUAAACGCAACCUCAACCCAACUCCAAAAGAAUGUAGUAUCUGUGAACGUAUGGCUAGUGGAUAUUUCUUUUAUGGAGUGAUUUGUUGUGAUGAUAUAAAUGUCUGCAAAAGUUGCCGUUUCGAUAAAUGCAUAUUAAAAGGAAUGUAUAUUGAAACAACAAAAGGACGACAACCUGAAAAGGUUUUGGAAAUUCAAACAAUGAUUCAAAAUAAACGUAGAGAACUUGCUAGUAAAGGAAAAUAUGUUCAAGGAAAAUCUAAUAAUUGUGCUGUUGAAGAAGUGAAUUUUGUUGAUUUGCAAAAAUCAUUAAUCGCUGCUCAAAAUAAACAAUUUCUUGAUUAUCUUCUAACUGUCGAGCAAAAUGCUUGUCGUACUAGAGAUUCAGGGAUUGAUGAAUGCCACUACAAUUCUUCGUAUAAUUCUCUUGCUUCAUUGCUUGAGCGUAAAGAAAAUUUAAUUGCUAUGAAACACAUGUUCGGAUUGCAAAAAUAUCCAGAACCUGGACUUCCUCUCAUUAAUGGAUUUCGUGUAUUUUCUAUUCUGCCUAAACCUAUGACGGAUAUGUUGCUUAUUUCUGUUGAUACUGCAAGAACUAUGCCUUUUUUCGAUAAAUUGGAUUUAUCUGACAAGGUGAUGAAUAACUUAGUUGAUCUCGUCCCCGAAAGUUUCUAUUCCGGAAAACCCAGACCCCGAGAUUUACCUACCGUAAAUACUCGAAUAAUUACCCUCUCUCAGUUAAUUAUCCCCCUUAAGCGAAAGGUAGAGACAAUAAUUACCCAAGUUAACAAGAUGGUCCCGGUUUAUACUUAA